GGCGCUAUUAGUGACAUCCCACUGGUCCAACACGGAAAUCCACUCGUCAGAAACACAGAUUGCACUUCACUAGUUCCGCAGAAGCAAAUCGGCCAAUGCAGUCCUCCUCUACAGUCAAUAUCGAUCAGUGAUCAGCCGUGCGGCUGGAUUAUCGCCUGUGAUCCGGCGGCCUGCCUCAGCACCGACCAGCGUGACCGCGGUUCAUCAGUAGACAUGUGCAGGGUGUGGAUGUGCUGAGACCCCGGGACCAAGCUCACCUGCUUGUUUGUGUCAGGGUGGAGGUGAUGGAGAACAUCGAGGAGCCUUCGCCCCUCCGGAUCACACCUACCGUCCGGGCGCUUAGCUCCGCACUGCGGGGGAAGCCAGAGAAUGUCCCCGAUUCGAGCCGCGGACACGGCGACAGGAUCUUCCCCGAGCAGGAGAAGCUUUGGUUCAAGGAGAGCAGCGCGAAAAACCUGCGGAACCGGGACUUUCUGUCGCCGACCACGAUGCUCAACACGCUGUAUGCGGACGGACAGGUCCCUCCAGCAGUGAUGUCCAGGGUCCUGUCCCUCCGGGGCAGCGGGGUUCUGCCUGUGGCCGGUGGGGAGGUGAUGGGUGAGGGUCUGAGGGUGAGGGUGGACCGGGCUGCAUCCUUCAGGGCCGUUCUGGCGGGUGGAGCCACAGAGUACCUGAAGCCCCCGAGUCAGAGGCAGGGCUGUGUGGUGAUCAACUGCCCCGCGCUACACCCUAAACCCAACACACCCACCCCUGAGACGCUGACUCUGGGCCAGCUGAGGACAGUUCUGUUGGCUGACCACAUGGGGGCGCUGCUGAGAGGACAGGGAUUUACAGUUUCCUACUGCCCCACCCUUCCCGAAGACAGCGACAUCAUCGCCUUUCUCCAGGCUCUGGGCAUCGAUUGGCCGACAGCUCCUGCCAACUGGACCAACGAGGAGCGGGAGGAGAAGAUCCAGGAGGCGCUGGAGAACUGCCCAUACAGAGAGCGGGAAACGGAGAGAGGCAGGAGGACGAGCGGAGGGGGAGGGAGGAAGGUGGAGGAGGGGGAGAACGAGGGAGUGCUCAGGGUCAACCUGAAACGAGUAUUCCAGGAGGAGGGGUUGCUGGGAUACGACCCCAGCCUUGGUACCUGCACAGUUCACAGGGACAGUGUUUCACACCUGGCACAGCUGGACCUGACCACAGCCGACUGCACAGUUGCCGUGGCAACAGCAUUACAUGUGACUUCCUGUCAGGAUGAGUUCCGCCAGCAGCAGAUAGCAAUGCUGUGGAGAGCCAGUGGAGCGACACACACACAGAGAUGUGGUGUUGGUGGGCCGGUGAAGACUCCUGGUUGUCACCUCACUGCUGCUCAGUACCUGCAGCUGAGAAGAGGACAGAUGAAGGAGGCGUCAGAGAUGAAGUACGGAGAUCAAGUAGAAGGUCAGACAUGGGAUGACAUCAUCAGGGUCAUGACCUCUGCCACUGUCAGAUUUGAACUGCUGUCGACAGUCCACACUAGUCCUGUGACACUGGACGUUCAGAGGGAAGGGGGUGUGUCCACCAAAGGGCCGAGGGGAGGAGUGUUUGUGAUGUACAACUGCGCUAGACUCCACACUCUGUUUGACAGCUACGAGAGAGGAGUGGAGAAGGGUCUGUACCCAGAAAUCCCUGAGUGCUCCCAGCUGGACUUCUCUGCUCUGAAAGAGGAGGGCGAGUGGCUCCUCCUGUUCAAUUACCUCAUUCCCUUCUCCGAGCUGCUGGACCAAUCGGGACAAGUGUUGGACGGAGAAGGGGGAGGAGCCAGAGUCAACAUUAAGACUGAACAGAUCUGUAAGUUUCUGGUGUCUCUCAGUAAAGACUUCAGCUCCUACUACAACAGAGUCCACGUGCUCGGGGAGCCGUUGCCUCAUCUCUUCAACCAGAUGUUUUGUCGUCUGUAUCUGUUGAGAGCGUUGAGAGAGCUCUACCACAGCGCUCUGGACACCCUCAACCUCCCCCCCAUCAGGCAACUAUAGCCUCCUCCUGUGACCACUGUAGCCCUACCUCCCCACCCGCCUCACACACACACACACACACACACACACUGUAGCUUCAUGCUUUGAAGUUAAAUGAAUCCACCUGACACUUCACCUUCACCUGUUACAGUAGUUAUUGUUUUACCUGUAGCUCCUGCAGCUCAUUGUGAAUGACUCCUGUAGCUGAUAUACUGUAACUGUGACUCAUCAAUCAUGUGACGUGACACUGGUGAACUCUGACCUCUGCACUUGAUCUGGACUGACUUUAGAAAACGUGAACAUUUUUUACAUCGUUAAAGAGAAAGUUUGAUAUUUUGAAUUCUGCUGAUUUGCAGAUAAUUGUAUUUUCUUGUCAUGCGUAAGAUGAGAAGAUCAAUAUCACUACCACAGAUAACUGAUCAAUAUCUCAUAUCUGUGUGGUUAAAAGUGAAACUAGCGCGAGCAGCAGCUUAGUUUAGCUUAGCUUAGCACAAAGACUGGAAGUGGGGGGAAACAGCUAGCCUAGCUCAGCACCUCUGAAGCUACUUAAUAUAACAUUGUAUUUUCUGUGUUUAAUCUAUAGACAGUGUUGACAUUUUACAGGAAAUUACCUGCGGUAAUGAUUUCCUGGAGUCUCCACUGGUUGCCUAGGUAACAAGAUCAGCCUUCCAGCAGCUAUAAAACUCAAUACUUAGCACAUUAUAUCUUGUUUGUUGAAUCCUUACAAAAACUGGAGAGUAAAAAGGAAAGUUUGAUAUUUGAACUCAAACUCAGAGCUUCUGAAAACACCAGGACUGAGCUCUUCUGCUGUAAGCUAACAUGUUAUGCUAAGAUGUUAGCAUGUUCUCUAAAGUUACAGAUCACAUUUAUAAAAGCACUAUCAUGGUGUUCAUCAGAUGUGGGGAAGUUUGCAGCUUUACAAUCAGUGUUUAUGUGGAUCAGUUGCCAGGCAACCAGCAGAGACACCAGGAAGUUACUGAUCCCAGGCUGGAAAAGUGCUGAUACUUCAGUCAGUAAGACUCAUAUGGAAGA